GAAGGGGGUCGUGUCAUAAAGCCCAUCACCACAGUAACAUACUUCUUCCAACAAGACCAUACCAAACCACCACAGUUGAGUAUAACUUUUCUGAGGAAAUGCCAAGCUGAUUUCUAAAGUGGCUGUACAAGUUUUAUUCUCACCAGCAAUGGAUGAUUUUUAUCUUAUUUUGCUUCCUAAUCAACAUAUACUAUCAAAUGUGAUAUUAAAUUUCUAACAGAUAAAUCGGAGUGCCAUGAAGUAGAAACUUGGACUAUGUUGCCGAAUUUCAUGUCUCCAAAGAAUCUAGGGAAUCUUUGUGUGGACAACUCUCAGCUUUUGGAAGACUCACUACAUGCUAAUGCGAGAAGCAAGCAUGGCAAACGUGUCAAUCAACAUAAUAUGGUACAGUCGUUCUGGAAGAAAGCAUCAACUUUCUGAUUUGAUUACAGAGAGAACAUAAAGGAAAGAACCAAUGCUUUGCAUUCUAAGAUGAGGAAAAAGUGUACCUUAUUCACCUAACUUUGUGUGAUUAAUCAAAUCACUUGAACAUGGCUGUGCAAUAUUGAGGAAAACUGUUAUCUUAUUAUAUACAUCUUAACUGCUUCAGAAGGCAGUGAGUAUACAAAAGGUUAUAGAACAAAUGCGAGAAUCAGGUGAAGCAAUCAUGUGAUAAAAAAACAAUUUACGUCUGGUCUGACAUCCUCAUCAUAGACCAUGAAGUCAACUUGGCUUGUAAAUAUUACUGUGUUAACAGUGGUGAUGCUGUGGACAUUAUCUGAUGCAGGACAGUCAUUGAGAAAAUACCUAAUGUUUUAUAACUUAUUUCCUUCCUGUUACAGAAGUAAGUGCCCUUGGGGCAAUCUGUUAGUGUAUAUAGGAGGUACAAAGUAGGUAGACAUCAGGUUCAGCAGCCUUCUCUAGUGUUCCACAUACUGUGGUGGAACUAUUCCGAGAUGCAUCUAUCAUUGACUCAACAAUGCCUCUGGCCACUGCAGAUACUGUUGGUGUCAAAUCUUCUCCUGUGGGAGAAUGUGGCCGCUGUACCCACGAGUGACAGUGGACUGGGCAUUAGCGAAUUGCUCACCGAAGACCUUUUUGACGAUGCCGUCAUACUGUCUCAGCACAUCAAUGGCCUUGCUAUAGAAACACGCAGGAUAUUUCUAUCCAAUAAUUUCUCAUCAGACAUGUUCGUUAAGUUUACAUUACAGUUUAACAGACAUGAUGAAUUUGUUGUCAAUGGUCUCAACAGCUGCCACACUUCAUCACUCAAAACACCAAAAACAGAAAAGGAAGCCAAAAGGAUUUCAUUGCCAGACUUUGUGAAAAUGAUACUAAGUAUUCUUCGUGCCUGGGACAGCCCUCUAUAUCACAUGGAGACAGAACUCAAGAGUAUGACAGGAGCCCCCUUUUCUAUCCUUGCAAGAGUCAAAGAGAUUGAAGUAAAAAAUAAAAUCCUUCUGAAGCGCAUCAUCAAGAUUGCCAAGAAGGUUAAACAUGGAAUUGAAGAAAAUGAAGAGUACCCUGUUUGGUCAGAGCUUGCAUCGUUACAGUCAACCAAUGAAGAAUCAAGAUUUUUUGCUCUUUAUAAAAUGUCCUAUUGCCUAUUUGUUGACACAGAUAAGGUUGAACAUUAUCUUAAGCACUUGAAGUGUCGGUAUUUUGAUGGGUACAUGUGCCAAGACCCAGAAAACCAAAUUAGUCUUCAGUAAUUAAUUCUUCAAAGGUUCUUUAAAUUUUCUCCCUUUUGAAGCUAUCCGUUUAUGUAGUACACCACUUAAUAAAAAAAUAAAAAUAAAUGCUUUAGAUAUAUCCAAAUAUAACAAUGCAA